UGUAAUGCAUAUUAAAUCUUUAGCCAGAAGAGCACACAGUGCUGUGCUUGUGCUCUCCAGGCAAAAAGCAAGAGAGAUGGUUGUCAGAAUGUGCUCUGAAGCUGAGGAGCAUUUACAUACAAAACCUAGUCUUAAAAUGUGGUCCUUUGCAAAUGUAAUACCUCAGCCACCAAAGGAAGAGAAAUGAACAGAGUGCACUACAAGCAAUGCAUGGUAUUUUCAGUAGUCAGAAAAACUUCAGGUUAAUCACUGGACUUGGGUAUCGGAAAUAAUAUUUUUCCAUCAAAAUCAUUAUGUGUAUAGAAUAUAUAGUUUUUUUUUCUCCAAUGCAGCAGGGUUAGAAAUGCAAUAGGCCUUGGCACUUUCUCCUGAUUCACUUCCCCUCACUGACACCUUUCUUUACCUCCAGGUUUUGUUUACUGCCUGUGAGUUGGGAGUGUUUGAUCUACUGCUGGAGUCAGGAGAGCCCCUGUCUUCAGAUGCCAUUGCUGCACGCUUGGGUACCAGCCCCAGCGGGACAGAAAGGCUUCUGGAUGCCUGUGUGGGAUUGAAGCUGUUGGAGGUAGAGGUGACAAGAAGAGGAGGUAAAAAUGGCAGAGGAAGGGAAAGAAGCCAAAAGACUUAAAGCUCUGAUCGUUUUGAAAGCAGAGCAAGGUGUAUGGGGAGAGAGGCAAUCUAGGAUUAGGCCAAUGACUGUAGGUGGAGAAAAGAGACAAUUGCUUGGGAACUGCAGCCCUUUUUUGGCUGAAAGAGCAGCAGGAAAUGUCAACAUGACUAAAGAUGUAAAGAAAGCCCCACAGUUUUGUUUUCUGCUCUGGCUUGUGUUCUCUUGCCCAGUUUUAGGGCUUACAGCAGUUGUCCAGGGGCGUCAAGAAGAGCAGCAUGAGCCUUUGCAUCUAUUUAUAUGUCCUCUCUGCAUGUCCCAAGGCAAGUAAGGGCAUGGCUAGCCCUGGAGGAUCUGUCUGUGUUCUCCACAUCAGGCUGCUGCCCAGAGUGAGCAGAGGCCUCAGGUCCUUUAAGCUACUGGAGCAGGUGAUGCCAAUGGGGCUGCACUGGAGGAAGCCAGAGCAAUUUCCACAAUGUACUUUGAGUGUUGUUCUCUCUGCAGAAGCCAGAACAUGCAUGGAGAGGGGAUAUAAGGUGAGGUAAAAUGUUCUGGGGACUUGAGUCCCCACUUGCCUAUCUUACCGUUUAGAAGAAAAGACUUUUCUGCAAAGGCUCCUCAGUUAAAUGGAGCAUAGACCUUUCUCUGAAAGCAAAAAUUAUAGGUAAGUAAUGGCACUCAUCAUAAGACUUUCCUCUUUCUCUUCCCUAAAGAAAUGUUUGAUGCUGGGGUAAGUGUAGAUAGAUAGUGUUUACCCACAGUGAAUGGGACAACACAGAUUUCACCACCAUUCACCUACCCUGGAAUAUAACACCUGAAAGGGCUGAUCGUAAAUUCAAUGUUUUUCUGUUUUUGUCUGUAUACCACUGCUGUAUACCUUCUUCUUUUUCUUUUUUGUAAUCUGCAAGUAGACAUUUCCUUUUGGUGAUAAACAUCAUGCUGUGCAACAGGCUGGGCAAGCUGAUUGCAUACAUAUUAGUAAAUUUAUUCAUUUAAUCUCUUUAGCCUACUACAGAAACACAGAAAUUUCCAACCUCUACCUUACAAAAUCAAGUCCCAAGUCUCAGUAUCAUAUUAUGAUGUAUUACUCCAAUACAGUCUAUCUGUGCUGGCACUACCUGACUGAUGCUGUGAGAGAAGGAAGAAACCAAUAUGAAAGAGCUUUUGGCAAUUCAUCUAAAGACCCUUUUGGUGCAAUGUACAGAUCAGAAGAAGAAAUGCUGAAAUUCAUGGCUGGCCAGAACUCGAUAUGGAGUAUAUGUGGUAGAGAUGUUCUUGCUGCAUUUGACCUUUCCCCUUUCAGGCAUAUUUAUGAUCUGGGAGGAGGUGGAGGAGCUUUGGCCCAGGCAUGUGAUUCUGUGUACCCAAACUCCACGGUCACAAUUUACGACCUGCCGAAAGUCGUGCAAGUGGCCAAAGAGUGGUUUGUUCCUUCUGAGGAGCAUCAGAUCACUUUCCACAAAGGUAAUUUUUUUAAACAUUCAAUUACAGAAGCUGAUCUCUAUAUACUUGCAAAGAUACUGCAUGACUGGGAUGAUGAAAAAUGCAGGCAGCUGCUGGCAAAAGCUCACAAGGUUUGCAAAACUGAUGGUGGUGUGUUGCUGGUUGAAUCACUUUUGAAUGAAGAUAAAAGUGGACCUAUAUUUAGCCAUCUGUAUUCUGUGCAUAUGCUGGUACAGACUGAAGGAAAAGAGUGAACACCAGCAGAGUUCAGCAGUCUCCUGCAGGCAGCUGGCUUCACAGAGAUUCAAGUCAAGAGAACUGGAAACUUCUAUGAUGCUGUUUUAGGAAGGAAGUAAAUCCUGUCUUAUCCUGUCUUGUUAGGUGCAAAAGUGGGGAAAUGUGACAAACUUUUCAUAGGCAACCGUCAACAACUUAGCUCUAGCUAAGGCAUUGAACUGCUUCGUAAGCUGAUACCCUGUCAUGAGAAUUU